CGACAUGUUCGGCGACUCGGAGUCUGAGGACGGGCUGGUUACCGGAACCUCCCUGCUACACCCGGCAGCAAUGCCGCCCUCGUCUCCACCCCCGGCCUCCCAGCCGGAGCAGGGGCAGCCCCCGACUGCCUCUCCCGAGGAGGGGAUGGUGGUCAAAGUGGUUGUGGAGGAGACCAGUGAGGGCGAGGAGCAGGACAACAAGGGCAAGGAGCAGGACAGCGAGAGCGAGGAGCAGGACAGUGAGGAAGAUGGGGGUGAUGGGUUUGAGCAUGAGUACGGCUACGGAUAUUAUGAGAAUUAUCUGUUGGAGGAGGAUGAGGGUGUGUUCAUGGAGAAUGAGGAGGAGGAGGAGGAGGAGGAGGAGGAUGAGGAGGAAUUCAUCCCUCUACGUGAUAGGCUCAGGAUGAGUGUGUUGGCCAGCAGGAUGGCAGCUGCUGAGCCCCCCCCCGCCAGCGGCAGGGACGCGGAGGCGCUAGCUGGCCCGAGUGAUGGUAGUCACCUGCUGGCCCCCGGCAGCAGGGAGCCGCUGGUAGCCCAGGUGCCAUCUGGACAAGUGUUCGAUGGCAACCGAAACAGCCCCCGCGGCGCAAAGAGACUCUGCGGGUGCCUGCUGGCGGGUUCUCCCUCCGAGCCCUCAGGCCAGCCUGGCAGCUCCACGGCCAGCAGCGGGUCCCUCGAAGACGCCCCCGCCGCCAAGAAGGCAAGGCUCGGUGCGGAGGGCAGUGGGGCAGCCCGCGGUGAUGCCUGGCAGCGGAGGGAGCAGAAUGCCCGUGCUCAAAUGCCACAAGCCCAGCAGCUAGGGAGGAGCCAGGAGCGCAUUGCCGUGGUGAUAGAUCCAGUUCUCUUACAGAAAGCAGGUGGAGUGCAUGUCCUCAGGGCUCUGCAGGCUGAAAAGUAUUGCUGUGUGGAGGCUAGUCAAGCUAUUCCGUGCAGCAUCAGCUGGAGGCGAAAAAUUCAGGUGGAUGCAGGAACUGAAUGGGUAGAAGAAGAACGUGUCCUGACUGUGCUUCAGCUGGAGGAUUUUAUGGGCAUGGUUUACAAUUACAAACAAGUGGCCCAGGGCUCUGCGGGACAGCUUACGACCCUGUCGGGCUAUGUGACUUACAUGAUGGAGGUGAUGCCUCAGAAAAUUAUUGCGUUGGCGGUAGUUGGAGUAGAAGAAUAUUUCAGAAUUCAGUCAAAAAAGAAACCACCACAGGCGGCAGCAAGUGUAAACCAAGAAGAGGAACAGGGAAGCCUGAGAAAUCCGGGAAUAACCAGAAGGGAUGUGGAAGAAGCUUUAGUGGAUCUGCAGGUGUCCAAACAAGUCCAAAUCCAGAUGUUUGAGAGCUGGGAGGAGCUCGGAGAAUUUGUCACCAUGUUCACAAAAGCUGUAGCUGAAGCACCAUUCAGGCGAGCAAAAGAGGAGACGGACUUCCCUUUCUACUCGGGUCCGGGGUGCUGUGGAGGGCCGAAGGUGGAUCAUGUUGUAAAUGGUCUCUUGCAAGUUUGGAAGAGGCAGUUAGAACAAAUUAGGCAGGUCAACUUUGCGAUGGCUGAGGCUAUUGCAGCUGCCUUCCCUUCUCCACAGCUUCUGUACCAGGCCUACAGCAGAUUAACCUCGGAGACGGAGCGGGAAAACCUGCUGGUGAACAUCCCUUCGUGCAGUGGUGCUGGCGGGACCUUCCAGGCAGUUAGACCAUACCUCUCCCGACAGAUCUAUCAGCAGACCACUUCCUACAACCCUUCUCUCUAUUUGAAUUACAAUCCAUAGCCCCAGGGAAUGAGGCUGUUACAGUUUGACUGGUUUAGGUAUUCAGUUUUGUUCUGGGAAGAAACGCUUAGAUAAUUAAGUUAUUGUGCCAAGUUCAAGUUUAAAGUUCAAGGUCCACGUUAAGUUCAAGGUCCAAGUUCAAGACUUUAUUGUAGCAGAAGAAGGUUGGAUGAAAUUGUUGAACGGCUGGAGUUUGCAGAAGAAAGGUGGUGAACAUCAUCAGAACGUGAAUUGGACACUGUUUAUAGCAUUGAUAAUUCCUUCUAUUUAAUAAACAAUUUUGAAUAAUAAACUUUGCUUUGUAA